AUGGCCAAUGGGAGCACCGUCCAGGAAUUCAUUCUGCUGGGAUUUGGCAUUGAGCUGCAGGUGCGAGUCUUGCUCCUCAGCUUCUUCGCCAUUCUCUACAUACUCACUUUGGCUGAGAACAUCACCAUUAUCAUGCUGGUGUUCCUAGAUGCUCAGCUGGCCCAGCUUCCCAUGUACAUCCUGCUGAGCAAUUUCUCCUGGAUGGAGAUGUGCUAUGUGUCUGCCACUGUGCCCCAUAUGCUCUUUAACCUAGUUUCCCCUCCUGGGCUCAUCUCCUUCCAUGGCUGCUUCUUCCAGUUCUACUUCUUCUUCUCCCUUGGCGGCACUGAAUUCUUGUUCCUCUCAACCAUGGCCUUAGACCGGUAUCUGGCCAUCUGCCACCCUUUGCGCUACCCACAACUUAUGUCUCGGCAUUUCUGCUAUGCCCUGGUAGGUGCAUGUUGGAUUGUUGGCUUCCUGUGGUUUUCUAUCCCAGUGACUUUGAUCUCCAAGUUAUCUUUCUGUGGAUCAAACAUUAUUGACCAUUUUUUGUGUGAUCCUGUGCCAAUUCUGUCCUUGGCCUGCCCUCCACUCGGAAAUGUUCCCGUUGUCUGCCAAAUAUUCAUGCAUGUGUUGUUUUCAGGCAAUGUAUGCUUAGUUGUGCUAUCAUAUGGCUUUGUCGUUCUCAAUCUGAUAAACACUACAAGCCAAGGGAGUCGUAGGAAAGCCUUCUCCACCAUAUCUUGCCAUAUAAUGGUGGUGACACUUUUCUAUGGCACAGUUGCAGGGAUGUAUUUAAUUCCAGGUGGAGAAAAUCAUUCAGAGAUCAAUAAGAUAGUAAGCAUCUUCUAUACUGCUAUUACACCCUUUCUCAACCCCCUGAUCUACUGUCUGAGGAAUGAUCAGGUGAAAGCGGCCCUAGGCAAACUGCUAAAGAGAAAAGAAACAUUUCUGAGGAGAAAGGAGGCAAUUUCAUAA